CUUCUUUUCCUCUCAUGGCAACUCCUGUAAUUGUCGGUGUCGGAGCUAUCACAGCUGCUCUCGUUGGUCGACAUCUUGUGCGCAAUGGUAUAAUUGGAAAGCGGGCAGCAGACCAGUGGGUGAAGGGUGGUUUUAAAGCGAAAAUGGAUCGCAAGGAGGCUAUUGCAAUCCUUGGGCUAAAAGACGGCGUAACACUACGCAACAAGUUGAAAGACGCCCACCGUCACAUUAUGCUCGCAAACCACCCUGACCGUGGGGGUUCGCCGUACGUAGCGAGUAAAAUCAACGAAGCUAAAGACCUGUUAGACAAGACGGAUGGAAAGUCGAGAUAACUUUUAAUUCUCAUACGUUGGUUACUCAUAGUACCAUCUACUCUGUAUUUCUAUCCCAUUUAUAUAUCCAUCAUAAUGAAUGUCAUCACUCACUCCUUUGGUCUUGGCUCGCUAUACUACCUGCCGUCCGUUUCUACUUCUUAGACUUCUUUGAUAUAUUUAUCAAAAAUCGAGAUAGCCACACUGUCCUGCAUGCAACUGCAUGUCGAGCUGACCGGCUUACUAAGCAACGCCUCAUUCUGUGACAGUUGUCAACGAC